GUCACCCAGCAUUUCUUUCAGUUAAUUGGCUUCAGCCAGGCCGCGCGCAUUUUUUGCGACUGGCAUCCCUAUUAGGGCAAAAACCUGUCAGAGACCCGCCCCUGCCUCCUUCCUGUUGGUCAAGAUCACAGUUAUUAUUAUAAUGAGCAAAGAAUGGGCGGUGGUGGGUAGGGUUUUAGGAUACAGAUUCUGUCAGUACUUUUGGGAUGAGGGUUGGCGCUGUUUUCCUGUCACAAGGGCCUGGGAAGCUUUGGUGUAGGGAAUGGCAGCGGCUAGUUCUGCGUGGAUCAGAUUAGAACAAAAGAUAGAGUAGAGCCGAGUGUGAUGGCUGGUGUACGCCUUUAAUCCCAGCAUUCGGGGGCUGAGGCAUGCGGAUCUCUAUGAGGAAACUGAGGCCCAGAGAGGUUAAGUGUAUUGGCCAAAGUCAAACAGCUAGUAAGUGAUGGAGCCAGGACUCAAACUCAGCUUAGGGGCCAUGUCCACCCUGUUCCCGUCACUGUUCCCUCGUGUGACUGAGACACUGUGGUUUAAUCUGGAUCGACCCUGUGUGGAGGAGACAGAGCUGCAGCAGCAGGAGCAGCAGCAUCAGGCCUGGCUCCAAAGCAUCGCAGAGAAAGACAACAACCUGGUACCUAUUGGCAAGCCAGCCUCAGAGCACUAUGAUGAUGAAGAGGAAGAGGAUGAUGAAGAUGACGAGGACAGUGAAGAGGAUUCAGAAGAUGAUGAGGACAUGCAGGACAUGGAUGAGAUGAAUGACUAUAAUGAGUCCCCUGAUGAUGGAGAGGUCAACGAGCCUCCUCUUCAGGUGGACAUGGAAGGCAACGAACAGGAUCAGGACCAGUGGAUGAUCUAGGUAGACAAGCCAAGGUGGCCUCAGGGUGAUUCCAGGCCACCCCAACCUAUCUUACAUCCACAGCCUCAGCCCCUCAGCCUGCAGAACCAGCUGUGAUUGUAGUGUCUAAAGCUUACCCUUAGGCACUGUCUCUGCUGCUUCCAGGACAAGGUCUCCUUGGGCCCUCCCAGGCCAUCAGUCUUCCCUUGAAUCCCGAGAGCCUGAACCCAUCCCACCUUCCUGGCUGGUACCUCAUUCCUUGGUUGCCAGGUGUGGUCUCUUUCUAACCCUCUUUAAUAAAGACACAGGACUGAUUCUUUU